UUUGGCCUUGACAUCGCAGCAUAGUAUCUGAGCCGUUGAUGUUGCAAUGACAUAUUGCGGCUAGGGGUUAGGGUUAGCUGCCGAGCUUCCCGAGUUCCGAAGUUGCGUCUUGACCUUCAAAAAAGCUUAGCUAGAGCUUCCUCCCCCUCUGCUCCAUCUGUGGCCUUGUCUGCAUCUCGAAGCCCCCCUUUCAUUUCGGGGUCACCAGCCUCAAGCCAGCAGCAGCGUGCCCCCAAAAGAGAAGAAAACCAUGCCGCUCGUGGAUCCGGUGACAAUGUCGUCGUCAAUUGCCAAGGGGGGCGUGGCGGCAGCUCGGUCGUCGCCAGCAGCAGUAAAGGGAAAAACGACCACCACCUUCACCAGCCCGACCACGGCGGUCGCAAAGCUGCUGCCCGUCCAGCUCCAGCAGACGCCCGCCUCCCAGUACACGCGCCACGCCGUGCCCGCCCUCCUAGCCGCCCUCUUCGUCGCCCGCUUCCAGUCCCUCGUCGCCGACCCCGUCGCCACCAUGUACAGCUCCCUGCCCGUCGUGGCCGCCCUUCAGAUGGCCUACGCUUUGGCCUGCCUCCCGAUUGCCGGCGCUGCGGGCAGUGUUGGCGCUGGUGCUGGUGCGCGGAAGCCGCGGCCUGGUGACAAGAAGAAGAUUGCUGGGAGCGGGAGCAGCGCUGGUAGUGGAAGUGGUGGUGACGCUGCGGGGCGGCGGCCUUAUCCCCCCGUGACAGCCUUUUUGUCCCUGAUCCUGACGGCGCUGGCGACGCCGUUCCUGUUCGCGGCCAUGGUGCUCUUCGGGGCGCCGCUGCUGACGCACCCGGCGCACACGCUGCUGUGCGCGGCGCACCUAGCCGUGCUGGCCCUGUUCCCGCUCUUCUACGUGCACGGCGUCGACGCCGCCGCCUGGGCCGCCGUCGCCGCCUGCCAGGCGCCCCUCGACGACACCUUCGGCGGCCUCGUCGGCGGCCUCGCCGGCGCCUGGCUCGGCGCCGUCCCCAUCCCCCUCGACUGGGACCGCGCCUGGCAGCGCUGGCCCGUCACUAUUCUCGCUGGUCUCUAUGCUGGAUACCUUCUGGGGAGGGCCCUCGGCGGCUCGUGGCUUCUCUGGGGGAAGAAGUUUUGAGGGGUUGGUUCCUUUGUACAAAACACUACUCUGUUACCGUGGCAUUGGGUUUCUGCGGGCUCGGGAAAAGAAAAAGUGAUGUGGGAGAGAGAGAAAAGGCACCGAAAUUAUAUACUUAGGUUGUGAUACCCUGUUAGAACUUUGGGGAAGGGCAAGCCAAAAUCACUGGCAAUCCAGUUGCAUGCAUUAAACCAUUGUUGGAAGCUCGCGUAUACUUACGGUAUGGUCCCUGGAUGAUUGCUGGUGUGGUAUUCGUACUUGAAUAGCACGGUAGGGUUUCUUGCAGAAUGAAAUCGGCUUGGAAAAGCCUCUGCCAGCCAGUGUAAUUCUGGUUAUAGGAGUAGGAUACGAAGUAAGGAGGGCUCUGUGGUUCUAUCUCUGGGACUCAAAUAGGUACUCUCGCCCUCGGAGGAAAGCUUUGAGGGCAAGCCACAAGUAUUGAGGCCUUUCACAUAUCUUGGAAAUUCCUUACUCAAAACAUUGGGUAUGGGAU